GAAGAAGCGUGGUAUCAGCCGUCUUUACCGGUCUUCCACCGCCUCAAGAUUUGAGAAACAAGGUUUCUAUGCCAAGCUCAGGAGGCCAAGAUCUACCAGAGUUGGGGGAGUUCUAGGCGCGGGAUUCCAUAUUCGUAGGAUUUGCUUGUGCUCUUACUAUAAGAGCUUUAAUGGUCGAGAUAACAACGCGUACCGAGCAGCCAGCCUCAUGGGCCAACCAGCGAAUGAGAGGAGGCGGAACUGCAAUGUUUAGGUGUGCGAAAACGUCACAAGCUUUUUGCAUGCAGCUUUUGCGCCACUCAGGACAGGGGCAGGGCGCUUCUGUACCAUCCUUGCCACGAGAAUAAAGCAGACGCCAAGUUCCCGAACCUUCAAGAUGGGAAAGUCAUGAACACGGUCUGCUACAUAUUAUUCCCAGCACGGCCUUGCACUUUCUGAAGCUAAGUGAAGUUCCAGCUGCAGCCUCGUGCUUGAACAGUCUCACCAGUCAGAAGCUUCUAUUUUACUGCAAAUUUGACACCAAAGCCGGGUGUGCAAUGAAGGCCCGGACAUUCAGAACUGGCAUAGUGGUGGGAUCGAAAGCCCAGGAACGCAGGUGGGCUUUCUUGAGUGCAGGCGCCUCCGUCGAGAGAGGCCAUGCACGAGAAAAGCACAAUAGACAAAAACAUGGACGGAUGUCGCUAUUUCUGCGCUGGCUGAAAUGACUGACAGGCUGAUGAUUCGGUGGUGAGGAGUGGUUAGAUGAAGCAAUUUUAUGGCAAGGCCCCUGCUUGAAUGUCACCACCCCGUGCAGCGACUUCAAUAUUGUACCUCAAAGACGGUACCUUACGAGUAGUAGUAGUGAGCUCCGGGCAAUGCGCACCCACAGCCUUGACCACUUCCCAGCCUCCUCCCAGAAGCGACUUCUCCCCUCACAUGCUCCGAGCACCGCUUAUUAUAUUUUUACUGUAGGGCUGCCCUGUUGGCUCGUCCUCAUCGCCUAGCCACCUUCUUUUUCAUGAAAGCACCAUACCAUGAUAUGAUAUGAUAACUCGUGGCGGCUACAUGACGUUGAGUUGAUUCGACCAAACAAUCGAAACGUCUGCCGCAUUCCUAAAAUUGUGAUGAAUGGAGAAUUUAUGGCGUUGUUCCCUGUCGAGUAAACACGCUACCGCACAACCAGGGAUUGUGCAUUCAGUAGCUUGAAGAGCUUCAACAGCUUGCUUCAUGCUGUGUCUUGGACCACAGUAGUCUUCAGCAUUUCAGGCUGGGAUGUCUAUCAUAGCAGCGGGCCAUGCUCCAAAGUCUGGAACAGACUGUUGGCAAUCAAUCAAUGACUCUGUGACGGGCAUGUCAAAAUGAUAUACCACCUAGACACUACCUAGCUAUGCUACUGUAUGGCAGGCAGUAAGCGAGGAUGUUGUACCUGACAGUCAGAGUACAGGGCAAACAGGAGAUAGAUCAAGGCACGAAUCGAAGCAUAGCAAGCUUAUCAGAGAUGCAAGUGACCUACCGCUGGCUGUUUUCAUCAUGCUGGAGAGCCGGAGGUAUCGGUACUUCGCUUGUGGGUGACAAGUGAGAGUGACAUGAAUCGGACCUGGCUUGACCCCCUGGAGCUGCCAUCCUCAAUCGGUGAUGCUCUUAGAGGCUCAAGGCUACGGGCUGCAGCCCCCCAGCAUGCCAUGACACCGUUCUUAGACCGAAGAUCACAUAUCGCCCGUUUCCUCCCCUCUCCCUCUUCUCUCUUCUUCUGUUCUGUAACCCAUACUGUCGCUUACUCCCUCUGUCCGUUCGUUCGUUUUAUUGUGCGCUCUGUCUGCUAUUGUCCGCCCUGUGAAGAAGGGAGAGGUAGGAAAGGUUGAAAUAGGUCGAAGAGUCGCCAGCAAAUUUCGAGCCCAUAUCUCGCGGCAUCUGCUGCCCAGUCAGUCGUUUACACCAAAGGGAUCUCCAGCCUUGAGACUGUCAAGAGUCAGUUGUCUUGGAAAGCGGACUUGUGUCGUGGAUUGCGCUGCCGGCCAAGGGAACCAGGCCACUUUCGCUUGGCUGCACUGCCGACGCAACGCAACUCAGUGCGCAGCUCUCUCGCUGCCAUCACUUCCUAUCGCCGCAAUCAAAUUCUACCCGUCCGGAAUCUUCAACACAACAACGCAACGCCCUCGCCUCGGGAGCGAUUGCACUGUCGCGAACGGCGCUCAAGACUCAAAAGUCUUUUAGAUGCGGAGGCGACCGUCCGCAGAGGCCGAAGGCGACCCUACACCUGCGCCAUCGAAUGCGGACAUAGCUUUUGCGAUUGUUGAGGGAGCAGGGGGUUCCUCCAAAUCCGACGAGUCGAACGCGAACAAGGAGCCCAGGAGUCUUCAGACGACAGCUGCAGCUCGACGACCGGAUACUAAGAUCAAUCAGACUCCGCACGAGCUCGACAGAAGGAAAAGCACUGAUAAGAGGCACGCAACUGCGAGGAGUCGCCGGCCAAGCAGCAGUACGAAUUGGCAGCCUUCACAGCUACGAGAUGGCGAACUAGACAAGGACCGAUCUACAGAAAGCUCAGUUCUUAUCGUGUCCUCGAAAGAGGAUAUGAAGUCUGAGAAGAUGCCCGAGUCUCGACAAAAUCCUCGUCGCUCGAGACUGAGAAGCCCCUGGUCGAUCUCUUUCCUCACCUUAAUUACAACAGCGUUGGCCCUGCUCUCAUUGGCCUCCAUAAUACACUCGUUCUCAAGCCGACAAUUGGAUACUAAAGGAUGCCGUAUGUCAUAUAUGAGGCCGUCAUUUGCGAAGCUGUCCGACUUCGAUACGGAGCAUACACGGUUUGCCAGCAAAUACUCGGUCUACUUGUACAGGGAAGGAAUGGUUGACGAGGAUACCAGGGUGAAAGGAGUUCCAGUGCUCUUCAUUCCCGGAAACGCUGGAUCUUACAAGCAAGUGCGUCCUAUUGCUGCCGAAGGGGCUACUUACUUCCACGAUGUCCUCCGACACGACCAAAGUGCGAUCAAUGCAGGAGCUCGGAACCUCGAUUUCUUCACAGUCGACUUCAACGAAGAUAUAACGGCCUUCCAUGGCCAGACAAUGCUGGACCAGGCAGAAUACCUGAAUGAGGCAAUCGCCUACAUCCUGUCUCUCUACCAUGACCCGCGAAGGUCUCAGAGAGAUCCAGACCUCCCAGAUCCUACAUCUGUUAUAAUUCUGGGGCACUCGAUGGGAGGAAUAGUGGCCCGAACCAUGCUGGUGAUGCCGAACUACCAAUCGAACUCGAUCAACACAAUUAUUACCAUGUCUGCUCCGCAUGCACGCCCUCCUGUCUCCUUCGAUGCCGAGAUCGUCCGAACAUACAAGAAGAUUAACGAUUAUUGGAGACAGGCAUAUUCACAGAAGUGGGCAAACAACAACCCUUUGUGGCAUGUUACAUUGAUUUCCAUUGCUGGUGGAGGACUUGAUUCUGUGGUCCCUUCGGACUAUGCCAGCUUGGAGUCAUUGGUACCAGACACGCAUGGAUUUACAGUCUUCACUACGUCUGUUCCGAAUGUAUGGACUGGUAUGGACCAUCAAGCUAUCUUGUGGUGUGACCAGUUCCGGAAAGUGGUUGUGCGAUCACUCUACGAUGUGAUUGAUGUUAACCGACCCGCCCAAACCAAGCCAAGAGCAGAUAGGAUGCGGGUUUUCAAGAAGUGGUACUUGACUGGGAUGGAGACUAUUGCAGAAAAGACGCUGUCGCAAAAAGAACCAACAACUCUGCUUACAUUGGAGGACAAUUCAAACUCGAUACUAGCGCAAGGAGAACGAUUGACCUUGAGAAAGUUUGGACAGAGCCGCAAACCGCGAGCGCACCUUUUGCCAAUUCCUCCUCAAGGAACACCGGGAGGAAAGCGAUUUACACUCUUGACAGACCAAAAGCUCGACAAACCAGGUGAUUCUGGAAAAUUGGAAGUGUUGUUUUGCAGUGUUUUCCCGCUCCACCCUGGACAGUCAGCAACACUUUUCUCCAUGAAUAUGGAUCUGUCAGGCGACAGCUCUGGUUCUACGAGAUUGGCGUGUAAAAACGCAGCUUCUGACGUAAUUGUGCUUCCGGCUUCAACGAGAACAACCAAGCGACCGUUUUACCUGGACCAAGAACCGGAAGUGAUCCCUUUCUCUUAUCUGCAAUAUGAUCUGGAAGAUGUACUUGACCAUCAAUUUGUUGCCAUUGUUGACAAAGCGGUGGAUCCCACACCUGGCUGGGUCGUUGCCGAGUUUAGCGACAACGUGCAUUCACAUCGAGUCCGAUCUUUAGGUCUUCGACGACUUCUGACUUUGGGAUUGAAAAUUAAGCUUCCACCAAACCGGCCCAUGGUUACGGAGGUCAAGAUCCCCUCUUUGCAUUCGAGUUUGCUUGCAUAUAAGCUUGAGAUGGGGAAUCAGAUCUGCGGAGAAGACGCUGAGCUGUUCACGCCGCUGCUCCGACAAUAUAUCUCCGAACCCUACGAAUCCAAGUACUUUGUCAACGUCAAGCAAGCCAACAUCAAUCUCCACGGGGUUUCGCCUUACAUGCCGCCGGCGCUGAAAGCGAAGACCGCCCAAGAUGGGUUGACACUUCAAUUUUGGACGGAUCCUACAUGCAAUUCAAGUGUCAAGAUUUCUCUGAAAGUUGAUAUACCUGGAAGCUUGGGCAAGCUGUACAUGCGAUACCGGACAGUCUUCGCAGCAUUUCCACUGCUGAUCGUUGCAUUAGUCCUGCGCAAACAGUUCCGGGUGUAUGAUGAGACAGGAUUCUUCAUGUCGUUUUCCGAGAGCCUCGACUUGUGUCUGCGUCAAUCUCUGCCGCUGGUACUUUUGGCGCUUACCUGCUUGUCGGUUUCAUUGGCCCAGACCAGCUCAGCUCCGCCUCGACCUGCUACGUCUGGUUUCUGGGGAUGGGGCAGCAAUGCAACCGAGACACAGAUAGACUUUACGAGGAAUGACCUUCUAGUCGGCUCUCCAGAUCCCUUCUUCUGGUUCAUGGUCCCGCUCAUAGGUCUCGUUUGUGUGGGAGUCUGCGUCAUGUUGAACUACGCAGCACUCACUCUUACGCAUAUUUUGAGUAUUGUGUACGCUUUCAUUAGCGUGAAGCCUGCAUGGUUACGAAACGAAGACAAACGAAGAGCAGCAUCUCCAGCAUUUGCGCCAUCAACACCACGUCGACGUAUCUUAACCACCGCUAUACUCUUGUUUCUGGUCUCCACUGUUAUCCCGUACCAAUUCGCAUAUCUUGUAGCAUGUCUUGUACAAAUCGCCACGUGUACUCGUGCACUUCGUUUUGCAAGGGAAGCACCAUCCAAUACGAACUUCAAUUUCCACAACUAUGCACACUCGAUCCUCAUUCUCAUGCUCUGGAUUCUUCCUAUCAACCUUCCGAUACUCGUGGUCUGGGUACAUAACUUGGCUGUCCACUGGCUUACGCCAUUCUCGUCUCAUCACAACGUCCUUUCUAUUAUGCCAUUCAUCCUUCUAGUCGAGACACUAACCAGUGGAAAAAUGGUACCGCGGGUCACUUCGCGUCUCCGCCAUUUCACCAGCGUGUUCUUUUUCUUCAUUGCCAUAUACGCUGCGGUGUAUGGAGUCACAUAUGCUUAUAUGCUUCAUUACCUGGUCAACUUUGUCGCGGCGUGGCUUGUCGCGAUCCACAGCUCUACUUCAUCAUGGACAUUUGCAGGAAUAAGCACAAUGUUCGAACCAGAAGGGACUGAGAGCGCGCGGAAGGGAGGGAAGACACCUUGAAAAAUGACCACUCGUCCUAGCGAUUCAACAAAAUACGACUCCACGACACGACGCAGCACUUUCUCCUCUUCGAAUCGAGGAGUGUCGACUUCCAUAUCAUGCUAGAUUUCCCUUCCAACACAAUUCAUAAGUUUACAUCCUUCGGCAUUCGCAACAGCAUACAUGAGCGGUUCUUGUUUCCCACGGGAAACCUCUUAGAUUCUCGGAUAAGGAGUCAUACGCGUCUGACUUUUGCUGUACAUACCUUCUCAGGCGAUGACCUUGUCUUUUCUGCACGCAUACUCGCACCCGCGAGCGCUGGACGUUUAACAUUUUUGCUUUUCGCAUACAAUCUCCGCAGCAAAUCCAAGAGGUACUUGCUGCUAGGGACACAUUUAAUGUCUAUACCUCUUUAGAUGGUGACGAUAAGCAGCCGGCUUAAGAGGGGGAUGGAAAGGGUUGUAUAAUUGGGUUGGAGCUUUGGGUGAGGCUGGUUCCGGUUGAAUCUUUGAUUGGCUUUUGCUGAGCUGGCUGGAGUUGGUUUGAAAUACAGGUUGGGGCUGAUAAACGAAGAAGCCUUGCUGAGACAGCACGCUGACUUAGACAGCGUGCUGGUGGAAGCUGGAAGUAAAGGCCCAUUGUGAAUCAAUGAGAGCUUGAAUAUAGAGUCGUGUCGUGUUUAUACUACUUGCAUUGAGCUUUGCAAAAUGCAACCUAAUACUUGAAACCA